AUGCAACCAUCAAUCUCUCAUGGCUUUCUUUCUCUACUUGUCAUUUUCUAUUUCUCCAUUUUCUCAAAGGCAGAAACCACUAAAACUGGCCAUUUUCCCACAUCAUCAACAGUAGAAACAAUUAUCAGAGAGUUGAACUUAUUUCCCGAGCUUUCUAAAGAAGAAUCUUCGAUUAAUGAACCAAAACUCGUAGAAAAACGUAUUCGAUUUCCCGUUCUUAGUGAUAAAGGUGCCAAUGUUAAGAACCUCGCGCACCAUGCUGGCUAUUUUAAACUUCCACACGCUAAAAAUGCAAGGAUGUUUUACUUUUUCUUUAAAUCGAGGAACAACAAGAGUAACGACCCUAUCGUUGUGUGGUUAAGUGGGGGGCCAGGGUGCAGUGGUUCGUUAGCUCUGUUUUAUGCAAAUGGCCCUUUUCGAUUGACAAACAAUUUGUCACUUAUAUGGAAUAAUUUUGGCUGGGACAAGGUUUCGAACCUCAUAUAUGUGGAUCAGCCAAUCGGAACAGGAUUCAGUGAUACUUCUUACAACGGAGACUUCCGCGAGAGCACAGAGGCAGCAAGCAUAGAUUUUUACGACUUCCUUCAGGCGUUCUUCAAAAAGCACCCUCGAUAUGCAAAGAACAAGUUUUAUAUGACGGGAGAAUCAUAUGCGGGACACUACAUUCCAGCUUUUUCUGCUCGAAUUCACCAGGCCAACAAAAACAAGAAAUCCACUUACAUAAACAUCAAAGGAUUAGCUAUUGGCAAUGGAAUGACAGAGCCAGAGAUACAGUUCAGAGCUUUCCCCGAUUAUGCUUUAGACAUGAAAUUGAUCAAUAAUUUGUCUUACCACCGCCUCGUUAACUCAUUCCCUCCAUGCCAGAAGCAAAUAAAACUCUGUGGCAGCAAUGAUUCAUCAAGCUGUCUAUUAGCGGUGACAUACUGCAACGGCAUAAUUAAGGAAAUACUUCGUGAAGCUGGUGGCAAUAUAAAUUACUACGAUAUUAGAAAAAAAUGCGAAGGACCUCUAUGCUACGACUACUCAAACAUGGUGAAAUUCCUAAACCAAGUAGGCGUCAGAAAAGCUCUCGGUGCAGGAAAUACGCAAUUCGUGCCGUGUAGUGCGGCGGUGCACAAUAUAAUGGCUAAGGACUUGAUGAAGAGCUUUGGUGACCGUAUUCCGGCAUUACUAUUGGAUGGAGUCAAAGUACUCGUAUAUGCAGGGGAGUAUGAUCUUCUGUGCAACUGGCUUGGGAACUUGAGAUGGGUUACUGCAAUGGGGUGGUAUGGUCGGAAGAAUUUCGAAUUAGCUCCAUCAAAUCCAUUUGUGGUGGACGGUGUGAAGGUUGGAAUCAAGAAAAACUACGGUUCUCUUACUUUUCUCAAAGUAUUUAAUGCCGGUCACAUGGUUCCGAUGGAUCAGCCAAAAGCUUCGUUGGAGAUGUUAACAAGGUGGAUGAAAGGCAAGUCGCUAUGAGAGGUCACUUGGUAUCGAGA